AUGGAUCGCGCCAGGAGACGCGAGUUGCGAGAAAAGAACGAGUGCGCUUGGGAUGGCGAGAAAGACCUGUUUCCCGUCAGCAAGUCUCUCGACGCAACCCUGAAGAAAAACACGGCCUUUAUCAAGCGUUUGCGCACUGCAAUCUCUGCCGCGACCCUCAACACAUUCCUCCAGGAGAUCCGUACCGUCAGCCUGCAUAAAUACCUCUCUGAGAUAAUUGCGGCGUGCUAUGAAGGCCUCUGCAGGCUCAAAUCACCAGGAGAGGUCGAGGCCGGCGUGGAGAUUGUCAGUGCGUUGCACCAGAGAUUUGGCCCGGGGGAGUUUACCGAAUAUCUGGGAUGGCUGCUUGGGAAGGGCAUGGCCACUCCCGACAAGAGCUUUCUGAAGUCUCUUGCAUCCGAAGCCCGCGAGAAGGAGGAAAAAGAUCGUCUGGUUCGCCAACGGAUCCUUCUACGCGUCGUCACCGAGCUAUGGCUUGUUGGGGUCCUUCGAACACUUGACGAUGUUUCCCGUCCCGACGACGCCACCAAAGGUGCAGCUGGCAAGGUAUCAGAACUUAAGCUCCGCAGUACCUCAGCAAAAGGAGGUGGGGCCGAGCCGUUCCCGUUGGAGGUGUUGAAGGAUCUGCUUGGCCAUGACAGAGAGCACGCGAAUCUUCCUUUGCUGGUGGUUUUUGUGAAAACCUUUAGUUGGGACAUCUUGGGUGUCAAGGCAGCUGGUUCUGAUGGUCGCAAAACGGUCGAAGAAGAUGGCAUGACGAAGCUUGACAACGGCCCAGAGGAAGGCCGGGAGGACGACACCUCUACAUCGGUUGACGAUCCGCCGUUUACCACUCCCGAGCUGCAGGAGCGUUUCAAGAAUAUUCUCAAGCGAUACUUCGAGGAUGUCAAAGCCCACCUCACCCGCGACCAGAAAGCGAUCUUCAACCAGUCCCGUAGGAAUGCCGAGGCAUAUGUGAAGUCCGGAGAGGUCUUCGAAGACCGGCAGGCCAAUUUCGAGAAGCAAGUCAAGGCCCAAGAACGUUUAGUCGCCAAUGCCCACGUCAUUGCGGACGCCAUCGGAGCCGAGAUGCCUGAUCUCAAGGACACCGAUGACCCCUCCAACGCUGCAAACGGUUCCAUCGGCAUCGUAAGGGCCGGGGAGUACCUACGCGGUCAAGGAGAUGGUGCUGGGAUGUGGGCCGAUGAAGAAGAGCGCCGCUUCUACGAAAAUCUUGUUGACCUCAAGGGAAAGGUUCCUGGCAUACUUCUCGAGGAGGCCAAGAAAAAGAAGCCAGAAGCCGAUGAGCAAGUGGGCAAGAAAACUGAUCCCGCCGACACCGCUGAAGCACCCAAGUCUACAGAGGCGUCAUCUGAUGACCAAUCGACAGCUAUUGCCAACAAGACUAUUGGGGCCCAGGUCGAUGCUCUCCUCCUUCGGCUCCCAGACUUGACCAACAAGGACAUCAUCGACCAGACGGCCAUCGAUUUCUGCUUCCUUAACUCCAAAGCUUCCCGAAAUAGGCUUGUGAAGGCGUUGACCGAAGUCCCAAAAGGCCGCAGCGAUCUUCUUCCUUGCUGGUCAAGAUUGGUUGCGACCCUCGGCAAGUACAUGCCAGACAUCCCAAAGGGUCUCGUUGAUUAUCUCGACGCUGAGUUCCGCAGCCUGCAAAGGCGCAAGGAGAAGGACUUUCUUGGCCAGGUUCGGCUCAGCAACAUCCGAUAUCUUGCCGAGUUGACCAAGUUUGGCAUCGUCCCAGAACACGUCGUCUUCCACUGCCUGAAAGUCAGCCUCGACGACUUCUCCCGGAUGAACAUCGAGAUCAUCUGCAACCUGUUGGAGAACUGCGGCCGCUACUUGCUGCGCAACCCAGAGACCUCGCCACGCAUGGCAUCGUUCCUCGAGACCCUGCAGCGCAAGAAGUCCGUCCAGCACAUAGGCCAGUCCGAGCGAAUGCUUAUCGAGAAUGCCGUCUACUACGUUGAUCCACCGGAACGGCCAGCGAUUCAGCAGAAAGAAAGGACGCCUAUGGAGCUCUUCAUCGGCAAGCUGAUAUAUGCCGAUCUUACCAAGCGUAACUACAGCAAGAUUCUAAAGCAGAUACGCCGGCUUCACUGGGAAGAGAGAGAGGUGGUUGAUAUUCUUCACAAGGUCUUCUCCAAGCCGGGGAAGGUCAAAUAUGGCAAUGUCCAUCUCCUUGGCAUUCUCCUCAGCGCAUUGUAUCGGUACCAUAGCGAGUUCGUCGUUGGUGUCAUCGAUACACUGAUCGAGUCCAUUUGCUUCGGGCUCGAGCAGAACGAUUUCAAGUUCAACCAGAGGCGGAUCGCCGAGGUCAAAUACCUGGGAGAGCUCUAUAACUAUCGCAUGCUGGAACAUCCCGUCGUCUUUGAGACGAUGUACAAGGUCAUGACGUUUGGCUGGGGAGGACCCCCAACCCCGGCUCGCAUCAACCCAUUCGAUCUGCCGGAUGAUUACUUCCGUAUCCGCUUGAUCUCGACUAUCCUGGAAACAUGCGGGAUGUAUUUCAAUCGCGGCGCUGCUGGAAAGAAGCUCGACUACUUCCUCUCAUUCUUCCAGUACUACAUCCAUACCAAGAACCCCCUCCCAAUGGAUAUCGAGUUCAUCGUUCAGGACAUCUUUGCACUCACUAGGCCUCAGUGGAAGCUCGCCUCGAACUUCGAAGAGGCAUCCAAGGCAUUCCAACUGGCUGUCGCACAGGAUCAGAAGUCCUCUGGGAUUGACAAGUUGGGAGAUCUAGACGACGGGUCCAGCGGCGGAUCCUCAGAUGACGAAAACGCGGACGAACUGGCCCUUGUAGAGCCGGACGACGAUGAAGAAUCGGGGUCCGAGGACGCAGAUGGCGAGGAUCUCGAGCAUAACCAAUCUACCCGCGACAGCGAAUCCGAAGAUGAGGCUAUCGUCGUCACUAGGCAGGAGGAAGAAGUCGACCCCGAGGACGAAGCGGAAUUUGAGCGUGAGUAUGCAAAAAUGAUAGCUGAAAGCCUAGAGUCGCGGAAAUUCGACCGGAAGCAGCAAUUCGACCUCCCUCUGCCCCUGAGGACGAAAAUCCGCGAGCCGUCAACGUCAAACGAGGCUGGGGAAAGCACCACGGAUGGCAUGAGUGGCACAAUGGCCUUCUCGCUUCUUACCAAGAAGGGGAAUCGCCAACAGGCACGAACUGUCGAGUUGCCAUCUGACUCCAACUUCGCCAUUGCGAUGAAGCACCAGCAGCAGGCAGAGAAGGAAGAGCAGCAGCGGAUCAAAAACCUAGUGCUCAACUAUGAUCUUCGGGAAAACGAAGAUCAAGAUGGUGAAGCGAACUUUGCACCCCUUGCCCCUCGUAUUAAUAUUCACACUGUAUCCCGCCCAGGUCACGACAGAACGCCUCCUUCCUACCAUCACCCGCGCCCCGAUAAUAAGACGGGCAAAGAGCGUGGCGGGCAGCGUGUCCGCAAACUUCAACUCAGUGAUGUCGACUGGUAUGACAAACCCCUCAGGGACGAAGACAAGCCAAGCGAGCAUGUCGCAGAACCGGGUCCUUGUACUAGUGCUAGACGUGGUCGAGGACGGUCCUGCCGGGAGACUGGAGGACCCCUUGAGAUCCGACCUGAAAGCAAAGCAGGUGGGAAAGAGCAUGACUAGCAGCCGUCGCAUGCUCUCUCCUUCGGGCUCUUGGCAUCAACAGGGCCACUAGGACAGCGGAGCGUUCUGAUCGAGAAAGGCUUGACCCGCGUUCGUUUUUACUUUUUUUGCCCAAACAUGGCUGACGCUGGCCCCUCAACUGGCACCAUCACAGGACUUGACCACGGCAUACCCGAGCUAUGAGAUCGGUCUUCCGGCAUGAGCAACGAUCACGACGAUCGCCUGCAUGUCUUGCCGCUCACUUAUCAGUCGCCAUCCAGUUAUCGAGCGAGGCCCCAAGGCCGGGAUAGCAGUUGGAUUGACAGAGCCGCCAUUCGCCUGCUCGUUACCGAGACCGGGAAUGGGUCUUCCAGUGAGCAGCAACGGCUGUUACACUAGGCGGCAUUCCAGCCCGACUCCCAGAAGGAAUCGAGCGGCUCGGUCGAGUGCCCGGCAGGGAUAGUUGGGACGGUUUUGCUAGCACAUCC